AUGUUGAUGGGCAUGGAUGAUGAUGAUGAUGGUGGUGGUGGUGGUGGUGGUGGUGGUGGUGGUGGUGGUGGUUCUGGAGGGCGAUCAACGUUAAUUGCCGGCGCGGUAAGCGACGGAGUGGCGGACGGAGUGGUGGUCCGGAAGUGUUCAAAAAGUCCAUUUGGCGCCGGAAUGUCCGUUAACACCGUGGACACGUUGGAGGCAGAUCUGGUGCUGCCGCCUCAGCUUCAAUGCUCGAUAAAGGCAACUGAGGUGGUAGUGGUUAAGUCUACGUGCCUGUUUCAUAUAUACCGUUCAGGUCUCUGCUCCGUACAGCAUAGUCGGCAGGAUGAUGGCCUUUCACAUCUUCAGCUUCAUGCUAAGUUGGAGACCGUGACGAUUCCAAACUGUACUUUGAAGACGACUGAAGGCUUGACUGGCCUUGAAAAUCCAGCGGACAACUUCGUCGUCGAUUUUGGUGCUGCUGGAGAGCGUGCUGCCCAGAUACGUAGAGUUUUUCAUCACUUGCUGUUGAAUUCCGUCCACGCUUAUUUGCGACGCAUUGUGGGCAUUGAUGGGUGGCGGUUAAUUCCUGACCACCGUCUUCUGCAUUUUGAUGAUCAGACAUAAAUUCUCGCAGGCGGCGUAGAAGAGGUCCGUGCUGCAUUGCAUGUCCUCUAAGGAGGUGGUGUUGAGGGCGCAAGCGUCGACGAUGAGGAUUUCGUGAACGGUGGUUGUGGAUACGCGCAAUUGGAAGUGCACCCGCCGUUGAUUGAGGAGGUGGCCGUUCGUCCUGUAGGCGAUGCGGAUAACGGGGGGGGGGGGCGUUCAUCACGGUGGGCGUCCAUCGGCAUGGCAGUGAACAUGGAUUAUCUACCUGCAAUGUGCUAUUGUAAUAUAUUAGACAUGCCUUCCGUGCAAAUGCUUAUUCCUCUCUCAUAUAGUCAGUCGUACCAAGUUCUGUCUUCUAAAAGUGUCCUUGUCCAAAACAUGAGCCUGCAAUUCAACUGGGUUGCACACAUCCUCUCCUCUGAAGAUUUCCAAAUAAUAGAGCGCUUCGUCAUCGACAGAGUUUGGAGAAAAGGGGUGUAUGUGUGAGACUUACCUCCUUAGCGGUUCUGACCGGGCAUCUGAAGGCUUGGAAGUAUUUGGCGGACGAAUAUGAUGCCGAAAUAUUUAAUAUAUGCUAAUUGCCGGUGUCGAGACUUUGGAAAUUCGCGACCAAUUCCAGACAAGCAAUCUAAACUCCCUUCCACGCAGGUUGGAAAAGUAAGUUAACAUUGAUAGACUCUAGUUUUAAAUUAAAUGCGGUCAUUUCUCGCAACCGUUGCCCGUUCCAAUCGUUUUCAGACUUGAAUUUAUUAAUUUUUUUGUUGCGUCUUUAUAGAAAAUAAUCAAUUUUCCAAAAAUCCCAUCUUCUAAAUCUGGUCUUGGCCAAAAUGUGAGAGAUGAUUAUCGUAUUUGGCCAAGAGACAACGAACCAGAUCUCAUCAACGCAUGUCGAUGAGUUGCAAUCAUUAGAAGCACACGGGGUCGGUGGGAAGGAAAUGUCCUUGUCGUUAGAUCUCCAUACGACGCCGCCCCAGUCGAUCACCUAUUCCCCAGGAAAAGGAUUAUUUCACUUGUGAACAUGUUGCCACCAAAUACGAUUUACGCAGCUGACCAGACUCGGCAAUGAGUCCUACAGGUCCCACAGGCUGCUUUACUCUGACUGACCAAGAAAUAUUUAAGUAGUAUACCCAAAUACGCCAUACCGCGUCGUCAGCGUCAUUCAGAUCCAUUUAUUUGUCGGAUGCCUCCUCGUAUGCGUCAUAACAGGCCGGAAUCGGAACGCGCACAUGCUCACUGCAGCCGCUGUCGCCUUGCAUGGUCACGUGACAGCCGUGAAAUAUGCAGCGCGUACUGGUAAACUUGCUCGAAAUCCGUUCUUUUAUAUGUUCAUCGACGAGGUAGCUCUACUCGCGAAUAAAUGUCCGAAUGACUAAUUUUCCCAGUGCUGUAACACACACACACACACACACACACACACAUCCGUACUACCAGUGUGCUUAAGAUGCCGCCAUACGUAAAAACCACUGUUUUCGGCAAAAAAGUCAAAUUCAAGCAGAAAAUUCGAAAAAUGACUAGAUGUGAGUUUCAAGGUCAUCAACGGGAAAGGUUUAACCAAGGUCAAUCGCCAGCGUCAGAGUUGUUUUUCUGCUCACAGGCGGUAGCACUUCUACAAACAGCCAAUGAAUUUAAAGCAGUCACAGGGGACGUCCCAUCAGUGAUGCGAAUUCGGAAACCGCAACUCUAAUCUCUACCUCAAACCGUGAACACUCCUCCGGUACUUAGCUCACCGCCGUUUAUCCUACCCAAGAUCAAACCAUAAGCCUGUAUUUUAUAGAAGGUUAUGCAGUUUUCAAGCAGUGCGAUUUUGCCCGGUGUUCGCCUAAAUCUGGUCGACCAAAAGUCCCCUUUGCCGUUCGCAGUUUUGAAUUUAAACUGUUGCUCUGAGCAAACUCAAUGAUUCUUAUUUUCUCUAACUAGUUCAGAGCAGAUGUCAACACGUUUAAAUCGAUUUUUUGCGUUUUCAAGUGUAGACCCAAAUCCCUUCUUUCUAUAAACCGCCAUAGUUGGUUUACGCGUUCCCAAAUUUAUCGCAGCUGCCUGGUGAUUCAUUUUCCAGUCGGUUUAAACCUUUGGACGUGUUAAGCAAUCGGUCAGUUGCCGGAUUUGGAAACAGGCAUUAUUUCCAUCAGUUCCGCUGGGAUCGUCAGCCAUCCUUUAGAAAGUCGCCUAAUGAGACACAAUAAUACAUGCAGAAUGGUGAUUAACGCAUAAAUUGGUUUACAGUGAUAGCAGACUCGCGUGGCAUCUGCGCCUGUCCGGGCGUUAUGGCAAGUUAAGAAGACCGGACGGAGCAGGGAACGCGGCGCCGGAAAAAGCAAUACAGCCUGUUUACGUGGGCCACACACACACGACUUGGGCAACAGCAACCGGUGGAGGUGAGCCGGUACAGACUACAUUUUCGUUCUGUGAAACCAUAUAGCAGCAUCCCAGGCCGCGACUGGGCCGAAUGUGGUUUGGUAUUCCCAUCUUAAGUUAAAAAACCCCCAGUCACAUCUACUACGGGACCGGUGCUGAUAGGGUUUUUUACAGGUGGGGUCGGGAAACGCACAGGCGGCAGGGGCAAGUAGUUAUAUGCGAAAAAAGAGCUAUUGGGAAUGCGCGGUUGUAAUUUGAAUGUUUGAGAAAUAGAUGCGCUUACCCCUACCCUAACCCCUAAAUAUAACCCCUAAGCCUAAAUCCCAAUCCUAACCGCCAGUCCCAACAGUAUUGUGUCCAUCGGGUGGGGCCACAGAAGCACAUCUUAUCCGCGACUGUUAACGGGUCGUGAUAGCUCUAAACCGCGUCAGAUUGCACACAAUGAGCUCGGCGUCCCUGAUGUCGGCUUCACUCAUCCUUUGCCCUCCCAGGUGCCAGCUCACUGUCCAAACUAGCCGGCCAUUGAAUGCAAGUGGGCAUCUGCACGCGCCACACGUGACCUGGCCAGCAAAACACACUAGAUUUCCCCCCCCCUAAAGGUCAAGGACAGAUAUGAGGAGCAUGACUUUUAUCGGACGUAAUGACGGAUUUAAGCUCUUUGUAGGUCGCAAUACAGUAUGUGCCGCGUAGGCCACCUGUUUAGUCAUUUAAGUACAGAAGGUUGGCUAACGCACAAAAUGUCAACCAAAAUUCCGAAAUGCGUUCUCCUUUCGACAGGAUUCAUUAAGUAGGGUUGUAAAACUAAUAAUCAUGCAGUGUAAUUCUAUAAUAAUUCAGUUAGUCGAGGAUGCUGGCUUUAGAAUGGAUAUUUUCCCGGCUACAUACAAGAACUAUACUCUGUGAAAAAUGACUGCUUAACUAGCAUGUAUUUUUCUCUCUGAUUUUCGAUGCCCUUAAAUAUUCAAUUAUAUUUCAUGGAAAACACGCACAAAAUAUUCAUUCUUUUGCUUAUUCGGUAGAAAUUACGGCUUCUUCCAAUUCUGUACUCAAAAGAACGGUAAAAUACGGCUUUAAAAGUUUAUAAUUAUGUCAUUUGCAAUACCAUGAAAUGUCUGUUCAUAGACGCCAUGUCUCUGCAUUUACCAAUGUGGCUUGUAAAUUUUACAGUGUAGAUCAAAUCCACUGCUGAAUUUUAUGAACUCCAUAUGGUUUCCUCUUGAUACCGUAGGAUAAUGUAUGGGUUUUCGUACGCGGAAAAUAUACGGAUUGUAGUUUGGAAACGGUAUGUAAAGGAGGGUCGGGUUCAAAGUUAUUCGGGAAUUGGAAGUUUUGAAAACCGAAUUAUACCUUUCCUUCAAUCAUAAAAUUAAAAGACGUAAUUUUCUAUGAAUGACUAUUGUUAUGCAUGUUUUCCAUGAAAUAUAAUUGAAUAUUUAAGGGCAUCGAAAAUCAGAGAGAAAAAUACAUGCUAGUUAAGCAGUCAUUUUUCACAGAGUACAGUUUUUGCAUGUGGCCGGAUGGAAGUUCGUUCGAAAGCCAGCAUCCUGUGGUAACUGAAUUAUUAUAGAAUUAUGAUGCAGGAUGAUUAGUUUUACAACCCUACAUAAUUAAACUUUUCGAGUCGAAAACGCAUAUCGGAAUAGAAGAUGAAGAUGCGAUCACUGGGACUGUCCCUGUGAUCGCAUCUUCAUCUUCUAAACUGCUACCUGGGACUCGCCUGUUCGCUUCUAUCAGCAUAUCGGAAUUUCGGUUGACAUUGCUUGAGUUAGCCCACCUACGGUAGGUCAAUAUUUUAUGUCCUGCCUUCGCUGAGGUGUGGGUGGCUUCCAUGUGCGACAUUUAGGGAUACUAGCCGAGCAGGCAGUUUACGGGAGACGGGCUCGACAGUGCUAGAUCUAUGCCUAAAGCGGUGAGAACAAGAGAGGUAAAACAACUUUCCUCGCGCAAUUUUUUACUGGCAUGGCAAGAAAUGUCUGGCGCGCUGAGCGCUAUAGCGGCGCAAGCAGAUUGGCCGGUCAUUAAUGGAUAAAUUUAAAUGGCGAUCUCAGGAGCAAUCCCAAACAUAUAAUUUUGUGUAUUUUAGGAGAUCGUUCCGUCCGUUGAAUUUAUUUAUAGUUACUUUUGAUGCUGGAACACGGUACGUUUCAGAUUAUUCUUGAAAUUACUAAGAAUACUUCACGAUUUUCAAUGGUUUUAUCGAGUGGCCAUAAAUAGGAAUUAUUAAAAGAAGACGAAGAGGCGAUCAGUGAAACGGUAGGUUUAUGAGUCUGAGCUUUCAAACCCCUACAUCUGUCCACCCCUAAGGACUGUGUAAGCGCAGAAACAAUGAGCGAACACGAAAGGAGGAGAAUGUGCCAAAACUGUCCAUGCCACUACACAGGCCAAACAGGACGACGUCUCAGCUCACGAAUACUUAAGCACAAACGGGCCGUUCGGAGAGGCGACCCACUAUCUCAAGUCGCCACUCACACGCUGGAGGAAGGCCAUUAAUUCGACUUCUCCAACACGCGGACACUGGCCCGAGCCGGCAGCGAGACGGGGCGAGAACUGUUGGAGGCGUGGGUGUCGACCACCAACUUUAUCAAUAGAUACAUUUACUUGCCUGCGUGUUAUCACGCACUCCGCCCACGCAGCCAGGUGGCGCAGCUCACAUCGCCGCGAAGUACAAACCGCGUUACCACGCCGGGGAACCAUCGUGGACCAGGCGGCACAAACCAGACCUAGCCGCAGACGUAGUCCCCCACGGCACGGAACAACGAUACAAAUGUUCACGCGUUGCUACACUCUAGCAGCCUCUGAUGAUGGACUCCAGUACGUGUCCGAAAGCUAAGGCCAAUAAAUCCACUGUCUCAGUGAUCGUGCCUUCGUCUUCUUUUAAAUGAGCGAACAUAUUUCAAGUCGAGCUCAGAGGGAGGGGGAGGGUGGAGGGUUAGCGUCUGCGAGUGUGAGGUGUUCGCUCUGCGCGGCUCACAGUGGUGUGAUGAUGCAUGCCUUACGGCGCUUCUGCACUUCCCGAAGCACGACAAUCAGUUCGAUGAUGCCGCGAUCACUUAAAAAUCCACAUUAACUGCCCGAGUGGAGUCCAUACUCCAGGCAGUUGUUGUGAUGAUUGGGGAGCAUGCAGGUAAGACCUGACCGGCAAUGAUGAAGACCGAGAUUUAUUUCUGAUUAUCACAGAAUUGGCGGUUGGCCUGUUACAUUGUUAGAUGUGCACAAUGGUAGCGACCACCGGGUUUUGAGGGAUAUGUCCUUGCUGCCACACGUCUGGGGCCAGCGAUGGGAGCUAGUUCAUCGGCCGCGGGUCGCAAUGUUUGCAGACUCCGACCGUAAUUACAUCGAAGUCGUAUGCUUUUCUAAUAAGACCUGUUAAAUUUUGAUUGUUUCUUUGGGUAAAGCGGGCGUUCCAUGGCGCCAUUGGUUUCCAUUUUGGAGACAUUGGCCGAUUCGUUUUCGGGCGGGCGGUUGAGGACGAUUUUGAAGAUCAGAGCCCAGCUCUCCAGAAUCUGCGUUUUCUCCAUGAGGAGUUUGGGUCCCUCAGAAAUGAGCAGCGGCGUGGUUUCUUUAGUGCGGUGACCAUAGACCACAUUGACUGAGGCAAGCGGAUCCUUCAUAUCAUUGCGGUCCGCGUGAUCUUGUAUUUCUUCAGCUCUGUUACCCAAUUAUUUUGCCUCUACCACAGUCGCUGUUGCACCGAGCAUGAGAAAGAGUGAUAGCAACGCUGUCUGUGUCGGCUCCACGAUUGUUGUGGGAUAUGUUGCAUAACAGGAGUUUGCUGAUGUUUGUCGGUGGAAGAAAUUGCACUCCGUAGUUGGCAAUUCUGUGUCUCCAAGCAGGCAUUCUCUUCCAGUGCUUGCAUUCGUUCCAGGCCGAGGGCCAAUUGAAUGCUGAAAUCUGGUGGUCGCCUACCUAAUACAAAGGUAGUUGCCUUCCGAGAGCUAUUGUGGCAUCCCUACAGACAGUUUCGCCCUUCUGUAAAGUUAUUUUUUUAUCUUGUCCAUUGCAUGGAUAGCUGAAGGGAUUUUGUUUAUUUUCAUUGCCUCUAAACCGUCUUUUGAUAACUCGACUACUUUUUAUUUGUCCAGGGACUUUCGGUGAGAAAGUCUCACCUAGCACAGUUCCACGUCCCAAAAGUAUCCUCAUUUUUGCCUAAAGUGUGUCCCCUUAUCAUCUGUCUUUCUUGUACUUUUUCGUGUAACUCAUGCGAAGUCCGUGUUCCGAUACUUAUAAUAAUUUUCUUUGUAAAUCGUACAGCGGUGGCCUGUCACGGGACUCGUCGGAUUCGCUCUUUUCUCUGGCUCAAAUAUUCAAACACCUUUUCCCCUUCAGCUAUCAAACCUACUCGCUGUAAAAAAAGAAACUAAGCCUUACUGGUCACAAUGCGGCCUAAACCAGCGGUUAAUCAUCGGCUGAUAUUCUCUUACUGACGGCGUCCGCCGAAACGUUAGAGUCAUCAGUCGGUACUGCCAGCUGAUAUUUUCCACGUGAGGCUUUAGUGCGGGCUCGCAUGGGUCCCAAAUAUUGUAAACAAAAUUACUGGACGUCCAUAUUUUAUGCAGUGGGCUCAAUCUUACGAGCAUCCUGAAAGAUUUUCGGCUCACAUACUUUAUAAAAGUCAGCUAGCCAGCUAUUUUCACAGUCAGCUUAUCCCUAAAAGUGAUUUAUGCAAGAUGUAAUUUUAUGCGGAUGCCGUAAACUUAACGCUUGAAUUAAAACAAUUCGUGAAAACCGGCUAAAAAUAUAAUUAUUUAAACAUUCCUUUUUUCCGUAUGUAGUUAGUCUAUUUAAUUCACUUUGACCCAACUGUGAAAAACUCAACGUCGAGUUCUUCUCAGAUAGGUCAAAGUGAAUUAUUUGAAAUUUGCCAUAACACCUAUUAAUCAGUCUGUUUACUUUGGAAAAACACAGUCAUGCGUUCGCGGCCUCCGCUAUUGUACCUUAAUCAAAGUUACAUUUCACGCAGUUCAUCACAGCUACCUGACCUAGAAGAAGCCCCUCACUUCGACGAGUGUUAAAAAUGGUUCACGCGGGUCGACUUGAAUUGCAUUCAGGGUUUCAGAGUAUGAAGCGUCAUCUGGAAAUCCUAAAUUGCACGUAAUAUCUAGUUUUUACCUGUUUUUCCCGCUUAUUCUUCCUGCCUGAAUAAACUGCAGCACAUUUCCCUCAGUGAAUGUAUAGGACACAUAUCUUUUUACUUUCCUAAUUGUCCUAUAUGUUUUACGCAAGAAUUAAACCUAAGAAUAGCAUUCCUGCUUUUUCCGUGGGACUGCUUAGCAAUGUUGCUAAAACGGCUGACAGCUAGGGACAUUCAAAAAAUCACGAUGCGGCAUUAGGACAUAUGCGCUACCUGAAUACUGGAAGGUUUGUUGCUAAAUGAAGCGACGGUUUAUCACAACGGAAAUGCAGAGCUAACCAGGGCCAUAUUAGCACAAGUUGAGCCGGGGGUCACUCCAGCGCCGAGAAAUACUCCCGCCUUUAAUGGAACAGGCGUGGACAAACAACUGUAAAAAUGGAUAAGAGGGUUUUCAUUGUGUGCGUUGAAAUUCAGGAAACAUGGAGAAUAUGCGUGUAGGACACAUUUUAAUAAUAAAACAUGAAGUGAAUGGUGGGGAAAGCCUAAAUCUAUGUGUAGUUUAUUCUUUGAUUAUCCAGAAAAUUUAGUAUUCUGUCAGCAGCCUGAAGAGGUUUUUUUCGUUGCCAUAUUUUCGAAAUUGAUACAAUAAUCAGUUUAUCUGUCGAAGGGCCCCAAAGUAUUCUUCGAAUGAGCAGAAGGGAGAGGCUGCCAACCCAUCUACCUUGUAUUCGAGUUCAGGGGCGAGAAGGGACAUAAGCGUGGUCAUCCUGAAGUUGUCGGGGACCGAAUCCAAGUAAGGCUCUGUUUAAGAGAUCCAUUGGGUUAGAUUGUCGCCAUGACGUAGGAUCGGGGGUUGUAUUGGAUGGGGAGUGAAGGCUGGUAUGGAGGGUGUCGGGUAGAGUGCAGAUGGUGGUGGGGUUAGAAAGGGUUUUGGCCGAGGACGGUGUUGUAUGUUUUUGAAUUGUUGGACAAAAACCUGGCCCAUCGUGCGUGGUCCGCGUAAAUGGGUUAUUUAGCUUUGCCGGCCGCUGCGCCCAAUCCCGUGUCCGGCAUUCUAAACCCUGUCUUAAAAUCAAACCCAGGUGGAUGAGGUAGGAGAUAAAGUGCCCGUCCAUAUGCUCGCCAUGCUGUAGGACACACGGCGGACAUCGUCGAUAGCAACAGUACCCUUUGCAACCCCUAAGGCCAUCCGGACUAGUCAGCCGCAUUUGGGCAUACAGUAGAUGUGCUAACACAUGAAAUGUUAACCAAAAUUUCGAAACGCGUUCUCGUUUCGAAAAGAUAAAUUAGGUAGUGUUGUAAAAUUAAUCAUGAUGCAGCAUAAAUCUAUAAUGAUCCAGUUACCUCAGGGUGUCCGCUUUCGAAAGAACUUAUUUUCGGCUGCAUGCAAGAUCUAUACUCUGCAAAAAAUGACUACUUAAGUAGCAUGCCAUUUUCUCAUUGAUUUUCGAUGCCCUUGAAAAUUCAAUUAUAUUUCAUGGAAAACAUGCAUAAAAAUAUUCAUUCUUUUACUUAUUCGGUAGAAAAUCGCGUCUUCUUCCAAUUUCAUACUCAAAGGAAGAGUAUAAUUCGAUUUUAAAAAAGUUUCUAAUUGUGAGAUUUUUUAAUACCGUUAAAUGACCGUUCAUGAAACGUCAUGUAUCUGCAUUUACGAAUGUGGCUUGUAAAGUUAACAAUAUUGCUCAAAUCCACUGCUUAAUUUCAUGAACCUCAUAUGGUCUCCUCUUAACACCGUAGAGAAAUGCAUGGUUUUCCGUACACGGAAAAUAUACAGCUUGUAGUUUUGAAACCCUGAAUGCAGGUGUAACAGCAGUUCGGGUUCAACAUUAUUCGGGAAUCAGAAAAUUUUUUAAAACCAAAUUACACUCUUCUUUCGAGUAUUAAAUCGAAAGAAGACGUGAUUUUCUACGAAUGAGUAAAAGAAUGGAUAUUUUUAUGCAUGUUUUCCAUGAAAUAUAAUUGAAUUUUCAAGGGCAUCGAAAAUCAAUGAGAAAAUGGCAUGCUACUUAAGUAGUCAUUUUUUGCAGAGUAUAGAUCUUACAUGCAGCCGAAAAUAAAUUCUUUCGAAAGCCGACACCCUGAGGUAACUGGAUCAUUAUAGAUUUAUGCUGCAUCAUGAUAAGUUUUACAACACUACUUUAUUUGUCUUUUCGAAACGAGAACGCAUUUCGAAAUUUUGGUUGACAUUUCAUGAGUUGGCACAUCUACUGUAUGUUUCAUCAGUGUGGCUGCCAGUCAUAGGUGACAAGCCCGUCAAACACCUUUCAUAGGGCCAAGGCAUCGAAGCAAGUGGUCGGUCCGCCCAAGGUCGACUACUUCAGCACACUAUUUACAUUUCCGUUCGAUUUGUGAAUUUUAUGCCUUCGCAGAAAAUACCGACCAAACUAUUUGAGGCGUCAUAAUUUCCACAAAUCUGCCCCGGUGAGUCCUUUCUCAUUCUCAGACCGUCACCCCGAGCCUCGCAACUUUGUUAACCUGGGAAAUUAUUUCCGUUUUCCGAUUAUAAAGGCCGUAAAAAGUAACUACCCGCUAAAUUAUGAGACGUUUUUCACAACGCUGAGUCUCGGUCUGGCGCCUACUGACACGCACGCACGCCAAGCGUCUUUGUAACGGUCAAUUUGUGCUUUGCUGUGGUACUUUACACUAAAAUCGCGUAAAAAGUUAGGUGAGUUUACCGAGGUAGGCCGGCUGACAAGAUGUCAGCGCAGACACGGUUGCUGGACAACCUUUACUGCUGCAAGAGAGCCUACUGGCGUCCCAACAGCCAAUGGCAGUACUUCCCCCUCGAGCCAAGCACCAGUUGUUGACGCGAAGUGCAUGCAUGCGCCUGGGAUUUUUCGGCCUCCAACCAAUCAGCACAGCGAGUUACGUCGACAGAAGCCAAACUGUCGCCACGCCAGGAGCAAGUCACUCGCAGUUCAAGCAUUUGGUUGGUGAGGAGCGUUCGGCGGGUCGAAAAGAUGUACGAGUAAACGACCGCGCCUACAACCAGCUGGGCAGAAUGCUACAAGCGCAUGGGCCAUGGAUGACGCUCGUGGUCAUCUUUCUGAGGGUUGAGCAUGUUGAUAGAAGCGAACAGGCGAGUCCCAGGUAGCAGUUCAGAAGAUGAAGAUGAGAUCACUGGAACAAGAAAUUUAUUUGCCUGUCGUUUCGGAUUCUCACUCGAAUCCAUCAUCAGAGACAUUCGAGGAUAAAGGUGAUCGUGACACCAGGAGUGCAGUAUUUAUAGCGCGUGGCUGCCGUGGGACCGUGUGCGCACUGCAAAUAACAUUCUCGCAAUCGCCGCUGCGGUCGUAAUUGAUGCGGCGGUGGCUUGGCGGCCUGAGUCCGAGUCGUUAAUGGCCGCGAUUUCGUCAUCCGUGCUGGAUGCUGGUGUGACGAUUGCUCGGCAAACUGGCUCACUGUCACCGAGAUAAUUGCACACCAGCGCCCUCCCGACGAGUCUGAUUCUCCUGCCCAGGGAAAAUCGCAAUACGGAAUAGGGUACCAGGAGGUCAUUGUGCUUGUUGAUGGAUUGCGGGCCUGAGAACCAUGACUCGAGCAGCUCGCGGCUCACGCGGUUGUCACCCCUUGCGAGCAUUUCGGCCUCCUGAAAUUUGGAAACAUGGCCGAGUCCCGUCGAGUGUGCUGCCACCUGAGAGCUAGCGUCUCCCCGUCUCACUGCUGCUGCGGGAUCGGCAAUUCGCGUACGCAGUAAUCUCCCAGUUUCUCCGACAAAAUUGCUUUGUCCGCAACUACACCAGAUCCGGUAAACAACCUUAGGCGUUUCCUGCCAUAGCAGCGGGUCUUUUGGCCUCAUUACUUGGCGCCUAAUGGUUGCUUCCGGCCUGUGUGCAACUUCAACUCCAAGUGGAGUGAAAAGACGACUGACGGCUUCCGAGACGUUCUUCACGUACGGAAGAGCCCGCCAAAAUUUGGGGCCAGUUGGAUUUGGUAUCUGGUGUCUUUUUUGUAUGCACUGGUUGAAAAAGUUGCGCGAAUAACCAUUGGCUCUCAUUACCCGUCGAAGAUAUUGUAAUUCAGCAACCUUGUCUUCCAUUUCACCGCAGUGCGUCUCAACACGCUGGUAUAGCGCCCUUACGCAGCUGCGUUUGUGACUGAUCUUGUGGUUGCUAUUGAAGUUCAGUAUUUACGUCGUAUUUGUCGCUUUCCUGAACACUUUGGUAUUUAGGCCACCACAAUCUUUGCGGCAGACGAGGACAUCCAGGAAGGCCGGCUGAUUGUUUUCCUCCUCUCCCGUCGUAAAUUGAAUGUCCGUAAGUUGAACGCCGUAGGUCUGUAAGCAAAAAGUGAAUUAUUCACCAUUUGAAUGUUCCCCGUAGUUUAAAACGAGAUGGCCUAGUCUCAACUAAUUUCACUAUAGUGCAGAAUGCACAGUUUGGCUGCAGGUUACUUACGUUAAACUCCGUGCAUCCAGCUUCUACAUGCUAGCCAAGUGCGGAGAGACGGGUGCUUGUAGUUAGUUACCCCACCUUCAGAAUAUGACCGUGCACUUCCAGGCAGCUAAAACUACUCAAUUAACGCCAAAUGAUCCCUAUCACUGUUUUAAAACUGGGCGUGGCGUACUCUCAUGCCUACUUACAUGACUACCCCUAAAAGGGGCCACGCGGUGGACAAACACGGCGGUCAGAUCUGGACGCAGUUGGAGUUACCGGGGGCUGCGCAACCACAUCCGUUGUCACACACGUAGGGGGUGUGGUGACACGCCCAGGUCAGGGCUCACGCCGCGCCCCCGUCCUGGUCGGGCCAUAUUGUGGACUAGGGGGGAGGGGGAAUGGCAGUACGCCUAGGUGCGGGUUUUCGCCUUGUCAACAACCUGUGCCACCCCCCCCCACUUUCGGUCUUCUCGACUCUCUCUUGAAAGCGGAUCCAGACAGCGGAGGGAGGGAGAGAGUGCUGUAGAUGCAGCGCAAGUCUAUCAUCAAUAGUAACCGAAUUCACGCGCGACGAGGCCUGGCCCUGCAGUCCCCCUUGGCUGAUGCCAUAUGCUUUGCUUCCUAAAACAAUUUAAGUAGGUGCGAUUACGUUGACUUUACACGUGUUUGCGCCUUCCUUACUACUUUAAUCCUGGGGAGUGCUUAUACGCCAGCCUCGGUUACAUCAGGCGUUAGUUCACACUCACGCCCCUGCGCGUGCUUCGAACCGUGUCUGCGACCUCUUUAUUAUCUUGGUCCGGCGAGUGGCUGAAUAUGUAGACUUGCCAAUGACAUUGUUCGGACGGAGUGGAACUACGUCAGUUUCGCCAUAGUGACCAUGCACUGCUAAUUAAGACACGAUUCCCUCCGUGGCCUUCGAGUUGUGAAUGCACUCUCCUUAUCUUCUUGAUCUACCGAAUGGCUGUGUCGGGGAUGGGGGAGUGUACACGUCACCUUCGGUUACACGAAGCAUCGGUUCACACGUACUUCGACCUCUGCUUGCGCUCUACCUCCCUUCCUAAUCCUGCCAGUGGCCAAGUUAGACAUGUCAAUUAAAACUUCUCUAAGAAGCUACCUUUAUGGUAUAAAUCAAGUGUGGCUGCAGGAUCAAACCUCGCCCACGUGCGCAAGUCACCGUCCCUGCUCUCACCUUGCUGUGGUUCCGUCAUAGUGGCUGACCCAGCGUAAAGCUCCGCACUCAACACUCAAUUGAGACCUCUCGUCGGUGGAAGUUGCCAGAGGUUAUUGCAGUUAAGUAAUGCCGCAGUAGCUAAGGCUUUAGACAGGACUUAGACAGCACGACCUUCAGGCCCAGUCCCGAAUAGAUUUAUAAUAAUAAUAAUAAUAAUAAUAAUAAUAAUAGUGUAUUUUAGGUUAAUGGGCAAUGCCCUUGAUGACCCCAUUGAAAACGGUACAUAAAAUAUAACUGAUAUAUGUACAUCGUACUAAAAUUUUGUCAGUAACAUAUUUGUUUGCGGAAAACGUUUCACAGCGCGGGAGUGCGACAGGUGCAGCAGGCGGUCUUUUCAGUGUACAUGUGAAAUUUUAAGUGCAUUUAUAUACAAUCACCAUAAAAUGCAGUCAUUUGCAUAGUUUGGGAGAGAAAAUUUCAUUAAAUGUGAGGGAUGUGUUAAGUAAGGAUGAUACCAAGAAAUGAGAUUUAUGGCUGGCCGCAGAUAGUCCUGUAGUGAGGGUCGCCGUUUAUCAAAGAUCAAACGAUCCAGCUGCCUUUUGAAUACAUCCACUGUAUCAGAUGUCACUAUUUCACUUGGGAGGGAGUUCCACGGUCGAACAACACGCUGGCUGAAGGAAAACUUUCGAUUGUCUGGGCGUGUACGCUCCCACUUGACUUUGUACGGGUGACCGCGCAGGUGACUCGUGGUCGUGAAUUCAUAGAAGUCUUCAGUUUUGUGCGAACAUUCAUGACCGUGGAUAAUGCGGUAUGUCCAUAACAGGUCACGCCUCAUUCGUCUAUAGGAUACGGGGAACAUAUUUAACUGGAUCAGUCUUUCUGGGUAGGACAGAGUCCUGAGACCGUCCACUAGUUUUGUGGUCCGUCGUUGCACCUGCUCUAUGGCAUCACUGUCUUUUUUCAUCCAGGGCAUCCAUGAUGGCAUUCCGUAUUCCAAGUGCGAUUCCGCAUUCCAAGAUAGAGGUGUUCGACGCCAGUCGGAGGACGAGCUGAAAUAAGCUGAGAGCCGAAAGAGAUAACAUGUCCGGCGCCGCGAGGGCGGCGUCCCGAGUUAACAAGGGGGAUGCGUCAUAGCACCUCGAGCGAGAGCACGCCUGGUCGGCCUUGAAGGUGAUUGGCUGUUUGGCAGAACCGUGAUUGGCCGAGAACGCCACUGAUGCACAUGAGAUGUACUGUAGACGGCCCGAGCGUGCUAGGUGUCGAAACUAAUGGAAGCGAAGAGACGAGUCCCAGAAAGCAGCCUUAAAGAACAAGAAGACACGAUCGCUGGGACAAGAGCUUUAUUCGCCGGACGUUUCGGAUUCCCACUCGAAUCCACCGUCAGAGACAACAGCAGAUAGGGGUGGUUCAUGCUCAAGGGGCUGCAGUCGACGAGACAAUUUACGAGCGGGUGAAGGGCACGCCAAUGAGUUGGCCGAUUUUGAGAUUCAUCGUAAGGGCGAUCCUGCAGCGGCUAGUGGCUGGCCUACCUACACCGCAGACCAAGGUUCUGGGCCCGGUAAUGGAAUGAUACCAUCGUCGUUAUCGACCGAGAUCAACUGUUGACAUUCAAAGAACCUCUCAAUGCAGUCUUACGCGGACAUGCAAUUUACGAUGGAGGAGGAAGAGAACAACCAGCCGGCCUUCCUGGCUGUCCUCGUAUGCCGCAAAGAUUGCGGUGGACUAAAGACCAAAGUGUUCAGGAAGGCGAUAAGUACGAUGCAAGUACUAAACUUCAACAGCAACCACCCAGUCAGCAACAAAUUCAGUUGUGUAAGGACGCUCUAUCGGCAUGUAGAAACGCACAGCAGUGAAGCGGAAGAGAGGAUUGCCGAACUACAAUGCGCUCGAUGGGUCUUCAAAGCCAAUAGCUACCUGCGCAAAUUCUUCAACCGGUGCAUACUCAAAAGAGACAAAGGGCCUAACCGCACGGGCACCAAAUUUUGGCGAGCGCUUCCGUAUGUCAAGAACAUUUCGGAGGUUGUCGGCCGCCUUCUCGAACCACUCGAGGUUGGAGUUGCAUACAAACAGGAGGCAACCAUCAGGUAACGAAACCGAAAGACCCAAUGCCACGGCAAGAAACGCCUGAAGUCAUUUAUCGGAUCUGAUGCAGUUGCGGAUAAAAUAACUACGUCGGGGAGACUGGAAGACUGCUCCGUACGCGAAUGGCCGAACACUCGGCAACAGUGCAGAGAAAUGACGCCAGCUCUUGAGUUACGGCUCAUUCGACGACAUCCAGCCACGCAUUCAAAUUUGACGAGGCUGAAAUUCUCGCUAGAGGUUGCAACCGCGUCAGCUGUGAGUUGCUUGAGUCAUGGUUCACCGGCCCCUAGUCUAUUAACAAGUGCAAUGAUCUUCCCCUUCCAUAUUCGGGGCUGAGACUUCGCAUAGCGGAGUAAUUGGCCACGCGGGGAGCACACUGGCAAACACUGUUCGCAGCGCCAGGAUCGGUGGGCCAGAUGAUUGAGCGGUCAUCACACCAACGUCCAACACCCGUGAAUAAAUUUCUGCUAUUAACGGCGCGAAUGCCGGCCAUAAAACAGUCAUCACACCAAGUACAACAAUCCCCGACGAAGGGGAGGAGAGCCGUGAAGUUUCAUAGGUACGCGGUAGCAUGGCGGUUGCAUCCUACAAGUACUGCAGCCCCUUGUGCAUGAACUCCCUGUAUCUGUUUUUUUCUCUGAUGAUUGGUUUGAGAAGGGAUCCUAAACGUCAGGUGAAUAAAGCUCUUGUUGUCCCAGCGAUCGUGUCUCCUUCUUCACGUGUCGAAACCCUCUUAUUCGAACACCAAUAAGUACACAAGACUGUGGCAGAGGGGGAAAUUUGGGGAUUAUUUAGGACGACGGGAAGAUGGGUUGGAGUUGAGACAGCAUAGGGAACACGGUGAGGUCUUUUGGCAGGUACUGGUUGGCAUAGAGACGUCCCUUGGUUGAUCAGACGGUGAUGACGAGUAGAGGCGUCGGGGAGGCGUUCUCCGGUCCAAGCUGUCCGGACAUAAACUGACCUCGGCAUUUAUGGGGCCUUCGGGCGAUGCGGUUAGGUCUGAUAGAUAGACCAAUAGGUAAGAGUAUGCAUGAUAAUGAAAAGUAGGAUAACGCAGAGGAUUAGCCACUAGGAUGAUCGAGGCCGCAAACUGACAUAUAUGGCAGUCUUGCAAUAACCAAUGGGAUUAAAGUUAGAAGGUGGCCAGCGCGGCGCCGUGGUAUCGGUGGAUAACCGGCAACGCGUUAAGAGUCUAUCAAUAGCCAAAGUUGGAAAAGCUGUGCAGCGUUUCAACAGGCGCCCGGAACUGGAUGAUUUGAUUGGGUAAUUGCCGAGUCUGUCAUUGGCUCCCCAGCAGCUGCAAGCGUUUACCCUCCUACCACUCUGGAGCCAUGAUCGCAUGACUCGGCGCGGCAUAGGUGCCAAGGGCAGCGGUCUCAUACGUGCUUGAGGGUCUACAAGAUCACGCUAAGAACUUGCAGACCACUCAUCGAUCCUGAAGUAGACCGAUCUGCCCUAUCAGGUGGGAGCCCAGUGCACGAGGCGCGACAGCCCAAAAAGGCUGCAGCCUUAGUGUAGAGAAGGAAGGUCUCGUCCAGUAGGCUUAACAAUCUGCUGCCUCUCUUCUUCUCUACUUCUCUCUCUCUCUCUCUCUCUCUCUCUCUCUCUCUCUCUCUCUGCUCCGUGGCCCUAACCGGCAUGACAGGCGCAUGUUUGCUGUCAGUUGUUAGCCCUUUUGUAGGAAGAUGGGCGCAAGCAGAACAAUCUAGUCGCGUCUGCGGGCAGCAGGCCUCUGAUGUUGUUCAGUGGGCCAUCAAAUCUCUCCAGGCAGUCAACCUGCCUUUGUCCACUCAAUGCGCAGUCGCCGGAUGUUGCGGAGCUAUCUGAGGUCCUUUGUUCUGGGCCAAGGUCCAACCACUGCUCAUUUUAAGCCUAGGGGGGGAGAGCGGUUUCGUUUUCCGUUUUUCCUGCAACCUUAUAGAGAUGUUCUCAUUUGCAGAGACCUUCAAGAUGAAGGAGAACAGUUGUGGGCAUAACGGACCGUUUCUCUUUUUUCCUCCCCCACUCCUCCAAUGAAAAGCCCUUUGCAUGACCCGUGAGCACGCCACUUACCAUGAGUUUCUUAGUCAAGUUGUCAGUGGUUGACGCACUCCCCGAUAUAAUUGGCAAACGCAAUUAAGCAAAGUACACAUUGCCGGGAAAUUUCGCCGUGGCUUUUAGGGAGCGUUUCAGUACAAUGAAGUAGGUGAGGUAGCAAACUCGCCGGCAAAUUAAUUGAUUUGGCGACGUUACCUACCGAAGUUGGCAAAUUACGCCCGGGCCUGUAGAGUUGGAGUUCGUUUCUGUGAGACCACAUACAAGCAACUGACCACAUGAAAUUAAUUCCACUGAUACGAACCGAGGCCUUAAAAGGGACAUCAGGUUUUGGAAGCCUUAUCCUUUUAUCCGCUACACACCAGAAGCAUAACCCAGCAGUGAACUGAAUUAAACAAGAGAAAAAUUAACUUAGCGUGCGCUACGAUGUAUGUACAAUUAUGAUACAAAAGUGGCCUAUGAGUGUUUGGGAUACCAGCGCGAGUUUUAUAUUUAAUGCAGUGGAAGUGGGACAGUAAGUGACAUGUCUCAUGAGCCUGUUCGCCGAAAUCUUAAAAGUGUUUUAGCUUACAAAGGAUAACUGGUUAGACAAGAGAAUAUGGCUUAAGGUUAGGAGGUGAUAAAUUAAGGUUACAUUGGUUAGUGCUACGGUUAGAGUUGAGAGUAUGAUUAAAGCCAUGACAUAGGAGUAGGAACCCCCCUGAAUUUAGUGCGAGACCACCAGUACUACCGGGAAGAUCCGUAUCCCCGUGUCCGACCGGAUGGGUUACCUGGAAGUUGUAAUACUGUCUCGCCUGCAGCAUGAUGCUAAGAUAAUUUUGUUAUGCCAAAUAACCGGUUUUUAAAUGCCCCGCUUAUUAUCCGCCUGCGUAAAUUACACGCGCUAUAAAGGGACGUGUCAAUAGGGGCAUAAUAACAGGAGAGACUGGAAUGGCCAUACCCAGCCCUGAGGUGUGGAACACCUGGGGCUCGAUCCUGCGGCCUGUUCAGUAGAAGUCCAACGCCCUAAUUAUUGAACCAGGCGCUCGUUGUCCUAUUCGUUGCAAUCGGGACGAGUGAGUCCCGUAACACGGUGUGCACCCUCCCUCUGCCAUUGUGACGUGAUAGGUAGUUUGAGUGUUUUCCAUUGACUUUCGACGCCCUUAUAAGUGCAAACGUAUAUUUUAUAGAAGUAACGCAUAAAAACAUUUUUUUGUGCACAUGUUGCGGAAUAAUGCGCAUUCUUCAAAGUUCUUGCCCUCAGAGGCGCAUUUUUUAGUUUUCAAAACAUAACUUGAAUUGUCAAAUAAUUUCGAACUUAAACACACCGCCGCUCACACCUACGAAAUGGGUCAAGAGUUUGACUUCGCAGCCAUCAAAAUAGUUGCCCACACCGGAAACAAAACAGGCCGAAAAUUGAUUGAAGCCUGGGCCUCGGAUGAGAACUCGGUCAAUCGAUUUAUCGAUCUGGCGCCGGCGUGCAGAGUCCUGCGUAGUCACCUCCAGUCUUGCGUCGUCGGUCGAUGAUUGGCCUGCAUGCCCUAUAACUGUCGCUUGUUCUGCUGCUGCCGCUACCUCUGACGAUGGACUCCUGUACGAGUCUGAAAGCCCAGGACAAUAAACGAAGUGUUCCGGUGCUCGACUCUUUUUCUUCACUUAACUUCGAACUUGACCCGCUGUUGAAGUCGUUUGCAGGGUUUCCAAACUGCAAACUACACACAUUCCAUUUAAGGAAACUGCACAGUUCUGUAAACUGCUAAGAAGAUGGUGCAUAGGAUUCACUCAACAGCCCCUUCUGUGUUUUUUUUAGUUAAAAUCCUGGUCAUUUGAUGUGUAGACUAGGGGGUGCUGAAUGGAACGCCAGGACGCGGACUCGACCGUGCCAUCGAUCAUCGCCCUCCCGCGCUUACGGUCUUCUUAACUCUGUCUUGACACCGGGUCCCGGUGAGGGAGGAGGAGGGAGUGCGUUAGAUGCUGCGCAAGUCUACAUUCACUAUAAACUAAAUCACGCGCAAGUCACCGUGCCUAAUUUACCUUGUUGUGGAGCACACGGUGGGCAUCGUUGGCAACGAUAAUCGAACUAUCACGUUGGAUUGAACUAUCGGGCAUCUUUCUGCCGGUACAUUUCCUUCUGCUAUCUUCCGCUAGUUUGUCUUUACUCCCGCUCUGUCAACAAGCAAAUAAAGUACCCGGAACUAGACAUGAUGUGCAGACCUACUCGAUUUGCAUCGACGUCUAGUGCGGGACUUAUUUCAUUUGCGUUAAGCAGACAUUCAUGCAUGAGGUUGAUUUUUAAAUCCGAUCUGUGACUGAUCCCAUCAAAUGUGUUUAUGACCCAGAAGGAUCACUUAAAUGUAAUCGUGAUAUUUAUUAUCAGGCAUGUCCGCCAUGUCCGGAUGCCAGCUUUUGAAGACACUUCUUUUCGACCGCCUUUAAAAAUCGCGCUCAGUAAGAAAUAACUACUUGUGUGGCAUAAUUUUUCCCAUUGAUUCUCGAUGUCUUAAUACAAUGAAAUUUACGUUGCAGAAAAUGUGGUCACAAAUGUAUUUUCUCGUACUCAUUUGAUAGGAAAGCAUGUCUUCUCUAAAUUGCAUACUUCAAAUGGGUUAUAUUUCGGUUUCAACAAGUUCUCAAUCGUGACCUUAAAAAUGUUCAUUGAGAUGGCAUCGUGACUCUACGUUUAUUUAUGUCCCCGUAAAAAUCAUACGACAUAGUCCACAUCCACUGGUUGGUCAUCAUCGAUUUCGUCUCCCUUAGGUACAAUCCCCCGUCCAAACUUACCUUGCCUCUCCAUUUCAAACUGUUGUCGAAAACGUCAUUAUUGGUCGGUGGAGUAGUUGCUGCGAAUACAUGCCGCUUGCUCAGGGAUGAAAGCCCAUACCUACAUGUUCGUCAUCCGCGAGAACACCACCCGUGAUAUGACAUGCUCUGCCAUACAACAAGGACGUUCCAAGGACUACCGAGCGCACCCGCUUGGCGCCGACUGCGUCCAGUCAUGCCCGACAGUCCGUUACACAGGGGCGGCCACUGCUUUUGUAGGUUUGUGAUCCAAUCUGAAGUGGGGCUCAAUUGGUGUAUGUGCGUUGAUUUGUCGAAUGUUGGUGUUCAGAUGGCUUGUAUUGUAUCCGCAGGCGGAGAGGAUGGUGUAUUCAAGUGGCGUAUGGGCAGCUGCGUCCCAGCUGAAGUCCCUCGGGGGCUGGCUGCAGGUCAGCGCGUCCAGAACCGCGAAGGCAUAUGACCUUGAACUAGCGGGGCCUUGAACAAGGACGCCAGACAGGGUCAUGAUGGCUGUCGGCAACAGUUUAACCGAGCACAUUUGACCACUUACGACGAUGUUACUAUGAUACAUCCAUGUUGUGCCCUUAUGGAAGUGAAUGUUGAAAAGAUUUCCAUCGGGCGUUUUGUAUUUGCAGUUCUCGUUUGACGAACAUACGGUGAGAUCCUAUUUUGUAGACGCACCUGUUAGGGGUUAGGGUCAGGGAUUAGGGUUGGGGGUUAGGGUUGGGGUUAGGGUUUAGGGGUUAGGGCUAGGGGGUUAGUGUUAAACCCCCUUUUACCACGGGUCCCGUAUGACAGGCAACUGAGGCUUGUCUAUUGCAGGUGCGGCUAUGAAAUAAGAUCCGACCGAAAAUAUUAUCCAGUCUACAACUCCGAAUAUAUAUGCAGUAGAUUAAAUUCUACAUGGCUCUUGGGGAACUUCUUCUGAAAUGUCACAGCUGGUACGAUAGAUAUGUAAACGCACCCCAGUCAGUCAAUACUAAACAGCCUUUUUGGAAACGGAUCUCUAAGCUGGCUACGAUUUGGAUUGUACUUCCUUUGGGCUGAGUUCUUGGGAAGGCACUUUCCAAACAAUCGGAGGCACUGUGUUUGUUUAAAAGGGUCUAUUUAGUAAUUAAGCGUGGAGUACUUCUAGGGUAACGUACAGGCUUUUCCCCAGCUCGCCACUUUUCUCUGAAAGCUGACUAUGCUGUCAAGCCUCCUCUUCUCCGCCCACCUCAUUUCAAAAACACUGCUGCAAGAUAAACAAAUGGUACUUUCCAGCCUUGUCGACAGAGUGAAACAAAACAUGCAUCUUGCUGUCGUGACGGGAGGACAUCCCUCGCCUCGCUUUUCAUCGAUCAGGCUACCUGAUUACGGCCAAAAAACGGCGCAAUUAGUCGAAAUGGGUUUUAUGGGGGGUGGUGGUGGUAGUGGUGGUGGUGGUGGCGGUGGUAGUGGUGGUGGUGGUGGCGCGAUCCCAGGUACUGAUGUUUAAAAAGAAUUCGUUUAGGCAAUCAGCUUAACAAAAAACAUUGACACUUAACUCCACUGGUCGCUGUCGUAAACGUCAGUUCAUCCACGUCUGCUAAGUGUGUCUACUAAAGAUCAACAAGAAUGCAUAUGGAACGACAAAUUGUUCAGAAUUUCUUAAAAAUGGAAGAAACUGGAUAACUUUUUACUAUACUGCCAAUUUCGUCGAUUUUAAACAACAGAUUUUAUUAAAAGCAUGCUUGAGUUUGUAAAAGAAAUCACUGUUAAGAAAGUAAGGACAGUAAAAUAUAUUGUUUUCACGUUACUUUCCUGAAACCAGCUCUCGCAGAGGGGAGCAAUAAGAAAGCAUAAUGUCAGAGUCGGCCUUGAGAGUUACAGAUGGACUGUUUGGGUUUACGGGCAUUUUGGGGAAUCAAUUUUCAAUCGACAGUAAAACGGUCCAGGCUGCGAAGGCCAUGGUUUGCUGAUCAUGACUGCCUUUUUGGCGGGUCAUGUUAGGGCGACGGUACCAUAUGUAGCCCCACAUAGUCGUUGGCAUAAAACAUACCUACGUCUUUUAUUUAAUUAGGUAUGCCUUGCCAACGUUAACAAAGGACUUGGGUUAAGAAUAAAUAAUUUUCGAAAUACGAUUGUAAGGCUAGAGCUAGUGUUGGGGUUUUAAAAUUAAGAAUGGGAUUAGGGUUAGAGGUCUAAUUUUGGGAUUAGAGACUUAAGGUUACGGUCAGGAUUUUAAGGUCGAGGUUAGAGUUAGGGUUAGGAGUUGCAGAUCAAUGUUACGGUUCGGAUUUUGAGGACAGGGUUAGACCUUUAUGGACGGCAUUAUUCUUAGAGAUUUUGGGGUAGGGCAUUAAGGUUUACUUUAAGGGCUAAGAUUAGCUCACGAAGACACGAAUCAUGGUCCUAUAUUGACUACUAUGUCACAUAUGCUUCUCAUGCCAUGUGUCGCGGGAUUGGCCAUGGUGAACUCACGAAUAACGGAUCACAUGCUGACUGAAAACUUGAACUUACUGCUUUGGUGAAUGAGUUUCUCUCUGCUUCUUUCUUGGUUUUUGCUUUCGUGUAUGUCUUGCCUAUUUUUCGCGUUUAAUAAGUGUAUACUUUUCAUCCAUAGGUCUUUCUGCAAUUUAUUUUGACUUCCUAACUGCCCGAGAUUAAGAUAAUUGGUCGAUUCCGUUCAGAAUUAAAUGAUCUAGACUUUAAAAAAAAACAAGCAACAACGUUUUCAGAACAUUUCCAAAGGGCUUUAAAGUCUGCUUGCUAAAUGCAAAUAAAUAAUGGCGGUCAGACUGAAGGGUAAGAGCCAAUUUACGUAAUUGGUAAACGAACGUACUUCGCAUUGUGCGUCAUCUAACGCAUUAUAGACAAAGAGACGAUGCUUAGAAACCGGAGCAAUCUCAAGAUGGGACUACCGAGAAGAAUAACCAGAUAGUCGCAAUCUAAAAGAACGCUGAAUGUACUUUUGUUUAAUUUAUAUAAGACAACAGUCUGAUGGGGAUGCUGAAUCGUGAUCUAAGUUCUCCUCAAAGGGCUCUAUAUCGGUAUCGUGUUUGACAGUUCGAUCAACGACAAUAUCGUGCGAAUUCCCGAUGGCUAGGUGACCCUGAGGUGACGUUACAUCAUGAGUACGGCUUAAACCAAGGUUAGGGGAUAGGAUAUGGUGUUGUAGCUUUCGUGGUGUCUAAGCAUUGACUGGAGUUAUAUUCACGUUAGGUCUUGGACAAGGGUAUGACUUUCGAUCUGACGAAGAAGCGAUCGCUGGAACAAGGGCCUUAUUCGCCUGACGUUUCGGAUCGCCACUUGAACCCAUCAUCAGAGACAGUGGCAGAAAAGGGUGACUUGUGCACAGGAAGUUGCAGUAUUUAUAAAAUGCAGUCGUUAUGCUACCGUAUACCUAUGGUAAUUAACCGCGCCCCCCUUCAUCAAGGAUUGUUGCCCGCUGGUGCGCUAAUUGCUUGAUGACCGACAUGCAAGCUGUUAAUUGAUGAAAUCUCAUCACUAAAAUUUUGGCGAGCAAUCUCAUACAUCAAGAACGUCUCCGAGGCCGCUAGUCGCCUUCCCGCCCCAUUUGGGUUUGCAAUUGCACACAGACCGGAGGCCACCAUGAGGCGUCAGAUGAUGAGACCAAAAGACCCACCGCCACGGCAAGAAACAUCUGGAGUCGUUUACCGGACCUGGUGCAGUUGCGGACAAAGCAACUACGUCGGAGAAACUGGAAGACUGCUCCGGACACGAAUUGCGGAACACGCGGCAGGGGUACGGAGAAAUGACGUCAACUCUCAGGUCGCGGCCCAUUCGACGAGACCCGGCCACACAUUCAAGUUCAAUGAGGCCAAAAUUCUCGCGAGAGGGGAUAAUCGCGUGAGCCGCGAGUUGCUUGAGUCAUGGUUCACGGGACCUCAGUCUAUCGACAAGUACAACGACAUCCCCACUUCAUAUUCCGUGCUGAGGCAUAGGCUGGCCAAAGUAAUUGACAAUUCGGGGAGCGCGCAUGCCGGUGAGCCAGAUGGCCGAUCAAUCAUCACGCCAGCAUCCAACACGGGCGAUGAGAUUUCAGCAAUUAACAACUUGCAUGCCGACUAGCAAGCCAUUAGCGCACCAGCGGGCAACAAUCCUAGAUGAAGUGGAGCACGGUUAAUUGCUCCCUUAUUGCAUCUUAUAAAUACUGCAACUUCCUGUGCACAAGUCACCCAUUUCUGCCACUGUCUCUGAUGAUGGUUUCAAGGGCGAAUCCGAAAUGUCGGGCGAAUAAAGCUCUUUUUCCAGCGAUUGCUUCUUCUUUUGGCCAGCUAGUACCUGGUAUUCGCAUCUUCGCUUGUAUCGGUAUGAUCUUUGUUUGUAUUUAUGGCUAGUAUAGGCCAUUUAGGUUAAGGUAGGGUACUAGGUUUCGAAGUAACUAAUGAUUAUACUUUGGAAAUAGGUUCUGGUCACGAAUAAGUGUCAGAGUCAGGUCGAAGUCAUGUUUCUGCGAUUUUGUUUGCCUUCAAGGUUUGAAACCUAGAUGGGCGAAUUCUGGGAGGUAACAACUAGUGGCUUUUAUCCAGUACCCUUAGGCACGCUGAUGUUUCAUUUGCAUAUACAGAACUUCAAAUCCAAUUCUUCCGCAACCUAAAAAUGCUUUUUCAAUAAGAAACAUUUGAGUCGCGUCCUAAGAAGAUUACGUUUCAACGCCUAUUUUACUUGGUUCCCCCCACAUAUAUCAGCAGGUCGGUAAAAUUAAUCUCGCGUUCGAUCGUCCUUGUCGUUCAUUCGCGCCAAACAAUCCAAAACUCCCAACCCACACCAAGUUUGAAAGUGGCGCCCUGCAUUUCCGUUUUCCCAUUGGCUGGGCAAACAGGACCUGCGACUUGGGUACUUUCACGUUUCUGGUGAUUAAAUUUUAGUGUCUAAUACUAAAGUUCAUUCAUUCUAGAAGUUUUUACACGCAGAAACAUCGGGUUCGUUGACGCCUCCUCGAUUUUGCUAACUCACUGCCUUAUUAGAAUGAUGUUGUGGCCUCGUCUAGACCACAGAUCCUUCUGUAAAUGACUUAAACUAAACAGGACCGCUGGGGUGAUUUAGUAAUCCGGCCAAAUGGAUGGCGGAAUCCGACUUCCACUUCAGUUAUUGGUCGUUUUAUGUCUGGUGGCUCGGUUAAUGCUCAUUUGGUCUUUGUUACGCAUUUACGAUUUUUUGUAUUACAGAAUUGUCUUGGAGAUCAUCAGACCGCAGCCUGGUUCGACCGGACCGAGUCGUCUUUCUGGGAAAUCACGAACGUGAGGGAGGUCCUCCAUAACACGUAAGAGCUCUGUUUUGGUAAUACUUUUGCACAAGCUAUUAUUAUUACUAUUAUUGUUAUUAUUAUCACCACCGGUCUUCAAGAACUUGAAGUGAUACGACGAAGGCGCCCGUCCAUCUGAGCAGUGCUUUUCGAGUAGGGACAGUAUUCGAGUCAGCUCACCCACCAAGUGCUGUUUCCUUACUGAUGAUGUUGCCAAAGGUCUGUGGUUCAGAAUCUACCGCACGCAUUAUAGUUGUCACCACGGCUACCAGAUGGCUGUUAAAAGGACUUGGGUGUCUGAAUUACAUCUUCGCUCAAACCAACACUGAAAUGCACGAAGGUGGUCAAAUCAGCCAUGCCUUCAUUGCAAAUCAUCGGGUGGGUCUUUAGGGUAUUUUGCGAAAAUGGCUCCUCUGAAAUAUUUGGAACAUUCAUGCGACCGCGUUUGGCGUAUGCCAUACAGGCCUGACGACCUUGGGCCGUCUUAGUGAAGGGGUCACUACCCUACGACAAGGGACGCUUGAUCCUUUACCUAUUCCCCUUUCCUACAGUUAGGCACGAGGGGACCUUAUACAAACGUUCCGCAUUAUGCAUGGACUGGGCUGUUGCUUCAUUUCUGAUGUGUUUUUCAGUCGGACUAACUCAAUUUUUUUGCGCGGUUGUCCCCUCAAACUACGCCCAGUAAAAGCACGGGCUAAUGUCCUCAAAUGUGUCUACAGUAACAGCAUGGUUGCAACGUGGAAGGCCUUACCCACAGAGGUUAUUCACUCCUCAUGUGUGGACACACAUGUAAUGGCUAACUUCCGUAGCGCUCACCUGCCAUUAGCCCUUUUUAACUUCACAUGUUGUUAUACUACUAGCAAGUAUUGAGUACAAUUUAAAUAUGUAAUUUUUAAUAAUUCAGCCAGCUAUUUGCCAGUCAUAUUCUCUGAAAGGUCAGUUGUUGUUAUCAAUGUUUUGCUCAAAGUAUCUCCACCAUUUGUUUUCAGGGGUCCCGUCGCAUUCCGUCUGAGCAUGGGGUUCCGCAUUCAGACCUCACCGGAUUCCGCCGAGGGGAACGCAACAACACCCACGAGCGUCAGCCGGUUGGCGACAUUCAACUUUGGCUUCAAGUUGGGCAGUCUCUACCUUCUAGCCUCCGCCGACCGCAUCCACCUUGUGCACGAACCGGGCUCGGAUGGAGGCACGUCGGCCUUCUGGACCAGUCCACCGCUUGGCCUGGAGGAGUCCGCCUGGCAUCGCCUGGAAAUCAUCCCCGAGGGCGGUAGUGUGGGCGCCGACGGCAUGGUCACGGCCACCAGGACUAGGGUUUGA